AUAAAACUGGAUAAAACACAGUAAGAUUAUAGCCGAGAUUGAAGUAUUGUGGGCAAUUAGUUCGCUCGUGUAAACACAGACUGAUUGUUUGUUUAAAUACGUUGCAAUUCGGUCAGUGUUAGGUAUAAUGAGGAAGUGGCUUCUUUAUGACUUGGUGAUUACUGUGUUAUUUAUAGCGGAUUCGCAAGAGUCGACGCUAAGAAUAAUUGGAGGUGAUGAGGCCCCUCCCAAGUUCGGAUAUUUCCACGCUUCACUACAAAACUUAACCGGACACCAUGUUUGUGGAGGCGCCGUGGUAUCCGACCGACACGUGGUGACAGCGGCACAUUGUCUUCAAGGUGCUGAACCACAAUACAUUAAAGCCGUAGUGGGGACGACGAACCUGGAUGAGGGAGGCAAUUCAUACGAUGUUGAAUCUAUACGCAUCUUCAAUGAUUUUAAUUAUAGCAGCAGGGCCAAUGAUUUAGCAAUUAUUAAAUUAGCUAAGCCUUUUAAUUCAAAUGACGUUGAAAUAAUAGAGAUAGAUCAAAUGAACUUAAAUGAAAACGAUGAAGUCACUUUAACUGGCUUUGGGGCUCAAGAGGUCAAUAGUGUAUCAAGUCGGUUAAUGCACGUUCUAGAACUGACUGUGUUCAGUCAAGAAACAUGUCAAUAUGCCAUGCGUUAUACUCGAGCAGUCGAUGAAAAUAUGUUUUGUACAUUUACCAAAAUCGGUGAAGGAACCUGCCAUGGUGACUCUGGUGGACCGUUAGUAAAGGAUAAUAAACUUGUUGGCCUUGUUUCAUGGGGAAUCCCCUGUGCCGUAGGGUUUCCCGAUGUACACACACGAAUUGCGCCUUUCUUUGAUUGGAUUCAGGAACAGAUAGAACAGUUUUGAUUGAAAAAAUAUACAUAAUUGAUAAAAGAGCCGGAGUGCCAGUGUUUGACCGUGUGGAGAAUACACUACCUACAUUAUGACAUUUACUACGUCCAGUGAGAUCAUUGACAUUCAUUAAAUACUGUAAUAAAAAAAUCUGAAAUGUUGCAUAAUGAUAAUGAACAAGACUGUAAUGUUCCGGUAUUAUAUACAUUUAUUUUCCACACACUUUAUUAUUGUAUUUUUUUAUUUACUUUUGUUUUG